AUGUUAAAAAUAUUUUUAUUAUCUAUAUUUUUAAUUUCUUUUGUAAUUCCUGGAGAAGGAAUAUUAUUUUUAAAUGUUCCUAAUAGUGGAAAAAGAUUUGAUGGAAAUGAUGGUGUUGAUUAUGCUUCAAGUUUCUAUGGAAUAGGAUUUAUUCCUGUUAGUAGAAAUUUAUUUCAAUCAAAACCAAAAAUUGUUCAAUUUAGACCACAAGAUUUGUAUUAUAGAAGUACAAAAGCUGUCUACUCACCUUCUAUGUCGUCAUUUUGUAUUCUUUAUCCUGAUAGUUGUGAUAAAGCUGAAGGAUGGAAGUAA